GUGUAACAAAGUACAUCUAAUAUAAUAAUAUAAAACGAACAACUCUAUAUAGUUGCAGUAAAAGUUGUACAGAAAAUACAGUGAAGAACAAAAUGUUACGUUUAAGUAUUUCAGUUGGACUGUUUAUUUUGUAUGGAACUGUCUUGACAGAGCAAGUAAUGUCUCAUGGCGGAUUACAAUAUUAUGUUUCACCCGUGGCUAAUCAUGCUUCACGAGUCCGAAGAUUUGGUUUCACACUACUAGAUGAGCUACGUCGAAAUUUUUGUCACUCGCAAUGUUGCACAUCUGCAAAUACUAUGCCAUAUAUCUUUAAUCUUAUGUGUGCUACAAAAUGUCCUGAAUUGUAUUUACCACAUCGUACGACAACGGAAAGUAAGUACAAUGGAAAGCAAGAUCAACUUCAGAAAGAUAUAUCAAGUACGACAGCGAAAAUCACAUCAACUACACUAGCAGAUACUACAACUAUUACGCCUCUGCCUGCACAAGGUCCGAACUUAAUGCCCCAGCCAACACCAGAAAUGAGCGCAAUGCCUCAGUCCGGAUCAGGUACAGAUGGAACGUCUCAGAGGUUCGGGCCAAAUUCGAACAGAAUAUCCUCGUUCGGAUCAAGUACAGGUGGAACGUCUCCGACCGGACCAGAUUCGAACACAAAACCUUCGUCUGGAUCAAGUACAGAUGAAAUGUCUUUGACCGAACCAGGUUUGAACAUAACGCCCUAAUUCAGAUCAUCAGAUACAGGUGCAGUACCUCAGUCCGGACCAGACCCGAACCCAGAAUCCAUAAAUGGUUAAAAGUACAAAUAAAAAGCAAAUUAUUACAUCAGAAUAAGAAAAGUUGAUGAUAUGAAUAUAA